AUGCCCACCCUGAUGCCCCCCGUCCCGGUGCCUCGUCCAUCCUACUCCCAGGCGAGGGAGAACCUGGUGCGGGCCAUCCCCCCCAGACUGCUGUGUCUGCUGGCCUGUGGGGGCCGGGACUGUCGCUACGAGGGCCCUGAGUGCUGGAAGGACAGCCAGCAAGCCAUCCGAGGACUCUUCUCCUCAUGGGUGACGGAUGACAUCAUAGCCAUGGCACGGCCGUCUGAAAAGCUGAUAGAGAAAUAUGACAUCAUCGAGCAGUUCAAGAGACUGAAGAUCCGCUCCAUCAUCAACAUGCAGCAGCCUGGAGAGCACUCCCACUGCGGCCCCCCUCUGGACCCCAGCAGUGGCUUCACCUACAGCCCCCAGCUCUUCAUGGACAGCGACAUUUACUUUUACAACUUCUGGAUGCCUGACUUCGGGGUGUCGUCUCUGGUCAGCAUAAUUGACGGAGUGAAGGUUCUGGCGUUCGCUGUGACAGAGGGACGGGUGGCUGUGCACUGCCACGCCGGCCUGGGCAGGACUGGAGUGCUGAUUGCCUGUUACCUCAUCUACACCCUGCGCAUCAGUCCCAGUGAGGCAGUCCACUUUGUGAGGGUCAAACGGCCUCGCUCCAUCCAGACGCGGGUGCAGAUCGGGCAGGUGUUUGAGUUUGCCCGCCUCCUGGGCACACAGCUGGUGCAGUACCCUGACCUGAGCCUGCGACACGGGACGCCCUUCACCCUGCAGCUCUACCUGCACCGACAGGCCCUGCUGCUGCACGGACAGGAGGCCCGCAGACUUCGACACACGCCCAAGGUGGUGUACCUCCUGUGCCUGCGUCUGUCCUGCCUGGCUCUGGACCUCCCUGCUCCUCCGGAACUGCAGGCGGAGCUGGACAGGCGCUGGGCAGUGCGGGCCCUGGGCGGAGCUGUGAGGGAUACUCUGGUCUCCAGACAGUUCCUGCCCCUGGUGCAUGCAGGACAGCUGGGCGGCACAGGGGAGGGAGGCUAUACCUCAUACUGGGACGAGCCUCUGGGCUUCCUCCAGAGGAAGAGACAAGUUUUGCUGAACAAGCGCAGCUACAGCGACUCUGACCUCAGCAAAAUCUCACUCAGUCUGGACAUGGGGCUGAGUCCGUCCUCUUCGUGGGGACAGGAGUCAGGCUGCUGUGUCCAGGACCACAGAGCUCACGCACAGACGCGCCCCAAAACCAGCGCAAACCAACCACCUCCCAAAAAGUGCCUCAGAGCCCCCUGCCCCUCUGUCAGGCCCCUUUCCAAGAUGAACUCUUUUGCUGAGAUGUGCAGGACUCCUCUGCACACAGGCCCCAGUGCAGUGAGCCGAUCUGUGCCCAAAGCCCUGGCAGAGCCCACCCCCCCUGGAGAGAGCGUCCUGCAGAGGUGCUCCUUGCUGCAGGAGGAGCUGAACAGCAGUGAGUGUGGCUGGGCCCUGCUCCUCACCGAGUCCGACCCCCACGUCCUCAGCUGCCUCCUCUGGACCUGGCUCCACAAGCUCAGGGAUCCCGUAUUAAGUGCAGAUGAUGUCUCCAAACUGUGCAGUGCCUCCAACAAUAAGAACGCCCUCUCUGAGCUGCAGAAGCCUCAGAGACACAGUGUCCAGUGCCUGCUGCGCUGUGUGGGGACAGUGUCCAGUGUGUGUCCACACAAAGAGGAGGCUCUGCUGCUGCGGCUGCUGCGCGCUCUCACCAGGACAUCUCAGGAAGAGUUGAAGGCAGCAGACGUCCUGCUGACAGUCUUCAGGUCAGCGCUCAGAGAAUCCUUCUGCAACUACAAGAACAUCUCCAGGGCCUGA